UCCACCUGGAUGCCUGUUCACCUCCAGUUUGUAAGAUCAUUUCCAGGAAAUAGAUUGUCAUUGCUGUGCCUUUUGGCUGCAUGGGGUCCUGCUCUAAAGCCAGAUGAGAUGGACCCCACGCCCCCGGUGCGCUCCGAAUAUCUGGUCUCAGGGAUUCGCACCCCGCCCGUGCGGAGGGACAGCCGACUGGCCACCCUGGGCAGGAUCUUCAAGCCCUGGAAAUGGAGGAAAAAGAAAAACGAAAAACUGAAGCAGACCACGUCCGCGCUGGAGAAGGCUGGCCGGCAGGGUCGGGAGGAGCUCAUCAAGAAGGGGCUGCUCGAGAUGGUGGAGCAGGAUGCCGAAAGCAAAGUGGGCAACCCUGACGGAGGCCCCCGAGCCACCCACAGCGAGCUGUCCUCACCCAAGCAGGAGACUCUGGAAGAUGCCCAGCCGGGGAGCCCCUCGGCCCCCAAGACAGACCAGGCUUCCCUGGAUGAGCCGCUGUCCUCAGACACCCAUUCGGAGGAUGCAGCCAGGACGCCCUCUGCAGACAGAGGUGAAGAAGCCGACGCUACCAGCAGCCUCCCGCCGACCACCGACGAGACCUCUCAAGCCUUAGCUGGGUCCCACUCCCUGGACAGUCCUCCCAGAAACCUGGAGAGGUCCACGGGCCAGCUCCCCAGCCCCCCGCUGCUGCCCACCCCGCUGCCGAAGGCAGGCGCCAAAGCCACAAAGAAUGCCACAGGCCAAGUUGUGCUCUUUCAAGACUCUGGCGGGAAGAAUACUGACCCUCCCCUCCGAGGACAGCUUUCCACGCCCACGGGCUCUCCGCAUCCCACCACAGUCCACCGACCGCUGCCCCCCAGCCGUGUCAUUGAGGAGCUGCACCGGGCGCUGGCCACCAAGCACCGCCAGGACAGUUUUCAAGGGAGGGACAGUAAAGGGUCCCCGAAGAAGCGGGUGGACGUCCGCCUGUCGAGAACAUCCAGCGUGGAGCGGGCCAAGGAGCGGGAGGAGGCCUGGGGCGUGGACGGCGCGCCGGAGGGCAGGCGGCCGGCGGCCAAGGAGUCGGAGGAGAACAAGGAGAACUUGCUGGUGAACUCGGGGCUCAAGGAGGACUUGCUCCUGUACCAGGACGACGAGGCUCUGAACGACUCCGUCAUCUCCGGAACGCUGCCGAGGAAAUGCAAGAGGGAACUGCUGGCCGUGAGGCUGAGGAACCGGCCCAGCAAGCAGGAGCUCGAGGACCGGAACAUUUUCCCCAGGAGGACAGACGAAGAGAGGCAGGAAAUCCGGCAGCAGAUAGAAAUGAAGCUCUCCAAACGGCUGAGCCAAAGACCUGCCGUGGAGGAGCUGGAGAGGAGAAACAUCCUGAAACAAAGGAAUGACCAGACAGAGCAGGAGGAGAGACGCGAAAUCAAGCAGAGAUUGACGAGAAAGCUUAAUCAGAGACCCACCGUGGAUGAACUGAGAGACAGAAAAAUCCUGAUACGAUUCAGUGAUUACGUGGAAGUGGCGAAAGCCCAGGACUACGACAGACGGGCAGACAAGCCCUGGACGAGGCUGUCGGCCGCAGACAAGGCAGCGAUCCGCAAGGAGCUGAAUGAAUACAAGAGCAACGAAAUGGAGGUGCAUGCGUCCAGCAAGCAUCUGACAAGAUUCCACAGGCCGUAGAGAUUUUCUUCUGAGAAGAAUUUGUGUUUAACUUUUGAUACCAACACUGGACACUCAUCAGGGGACUCUCCUGAGGUUCGGCUCCAGCCUGCGCGUCGGGGCCGGACACGCUUCCUCGCCGUCGGGGGGCUGCCGGGCCCGCUGACCCCAGAGGAACUGCCAGAAGAAAACUGUUUGCCUUUGAGCCUUGUUUUCAGUGCUGUGGCCGACGGAGGACAGGUGACCCGCUCGGCACUCCGAGGCCUCGGACAAGAGGGACGCGCGACUCGGUGUCAUUCAGUAUUACGUUGAAAAGACAUUUUUAUUCCGAUCACGGUUGAGUUGAGAACUCUCUAAGUUCAUGUUAUACAGAAUGAUUUCCGGUAUUAUACUUCUUUUUUAUAUAAUGUCUAACAAAACUACAGCUGCAACAUUUUGACUCCUGUUAAUUUUGUUCUUUAAUUAAAUGACUACUUAUUGCAGGAAA